AUGCGGCGUGUAUGCGCCCUAUCCAAACGCGCCGUCAUACUGCAGUCUUCGGAUAUCCUCGCCUAUAAUGAGCUCCCACUCCAUCAGGCCAACAGCAUUAAUGGCAAUGGUAACAGUGGGGGCGGCAUCACGGCCAUGGCCUCCAAGUCCUCCGCCCCGCAAAACAUCAUCGCCAAUGCAGGGCUGAGCUACGAGGAUGUGCUAAACGAUGACUUUCAGUUCGACAUGGAUGGCCACGACGUGAUGGUCUUCCUGCACAUCCAGAAGACGGGCGGCACCUCGUUUGGCCGCCACCUGGUCAGGGAUCUGGACCUAAAGCGUCCCUGCGAGUGCCAGCGGCAAAGAAAGCGCUGCUACUGCUUCCGACCGCAUCGCAAUGAGAACUGGCUCUUUUCCCGCUACUCGACGGGCUGGAAGUGCGGCCUCCAUGCCGACUGGACCGAGCUCACCAGCUGCGUGGACGUGGAGCUGGACAAGAACGAGGGGGAGACGGCCAAGCGGCGGUACUUCUACAUCUCGCUGCUGCGCCAACCUAUUGCCCGCUACAUGUCCGAGUAUCGGCACGUGCGGCGGGGCGCCACCUGGAAGGGAUCACGCCACUGGUGCCUGGGCCGCCAGGCCACCGCCGCCGAGCUGCCCGCCUGCUACAAGGGCAAGGACUGGCUGGACGUGGAUCUCGACCAGUUCGCCGGCUGCGAGUCCAAUCUGGCGGCCAACCGGCAGACCCGCAUGCUGGCCGACCUCGCCCUCGUCGGCUGCUACAACAAGUCAUCGAUGCCCGCCCACGAGCGGGAUCGCGUGAUGCUGGCCAGCGCAAAGCGCAAUCUGGCCGCCAUGGCCUACUUUGGACUGACUGAGUAUCAAAAGAUGUCCCAGUACAUUUUCGAGGAGACUUUCAACCUGCGUUUCGCCAUUCCCUUCGAGCAGCACAACACCACAAUCUCGGCCACUGCUGUCCAGAAUCUGCGACCGGACCAAAAGCGUCGCAUCGAGAAGCUCAACGGCCUGGACAUCGAGCUGUACGCCUUUGCCAAGACAUUGCUCUUUCAGCGUUUCGAGCAUCUGAAGGCCAAAGACACAAACUUUGAGCAGCGCUACGCCAACCUGGGCAACAUCUACUUCAAGCAGGGCGUCACGGAAUUCAACUGGGACAGCAACGUGGAGGAUGGGCUCAGCACGGAUCAUUGAACUCGAAACCAAAUAUUACCGAAUAGAAACUAGAUGUAGGACACACCAACUCAUAAAUAUGUAGCUGGGCGGGGCGAAAUUGGGGGUGGUCACUAAGGUUACCGAUACGCAGAAGCAUCAGCAUAAAAAUCAACCGAAGGACUUUAAACUAGCGAUUAAGCAUUAUGUUAAUUAAGCAGACAAAAAACAGCUAGCGAACUUGGCUUGUUUCAUUCAAAAGUAACACAACUAAAGGACAAACGAGCAAAAUCUCAGAGCGCAUAUUAUCUCUAAACCUAAAGUAAGCUAAACUAUACCAUCUAUGACCAUAA